AUGGCUUCCGCCAUCACUUUUAAGGGUGCCGCGCCGGCCAGCCUCCUCAAGUCCGGUGCUCCCGUGGCCUUCUGCGCACUCCAUUCUCCCACCGUCACCACCGACUGCCGCCCGUACAACAACCAGGUAAUGAAGGUCGGCCGCUACGACGACGACGACGACUACAGCGGCUGCGACCUCGUCAUCCCCAGCUUCUUCUCACAAGACGUGCUCGACCCGCACAGUGCGCCGACCAGCAUGGCCCGUCAGCUGUCUCCGAUGGAGACCGGCCUCUCCACCAUUGCUGGAACGUCGCAGCUUGGACGGUGGGUGGCGAAGGAGGACGACAGGCUGGCGGUCGAGGACGCACUUGUCGCCUACACGACCAUGGUUGAUAAGUCCAGACCAGCUCACUCCCAGUGGUUCAACGACAGCUCCGACAACAUUAGAGGCUGCUGUGACAAGGCUAUGCAGAUCCUGUGCGUGCACUACGGGUGGGAGCUGGGAGGUAAGGCUCAAAUUCUGUUGACUGUUCUUACAAUGGACGUGACGGUGCCUGAGGUGGAGGAGAUGCGGCUGGCAUACUACGCGACCAUGUGCGCUGAGUGCUCUGCUUCCCUCGCCACCAAGGAACAUCCCGAUGAUCAAGGGCGAUAG